CAGUGUAGACAACUAUACAGUCAUCCAAAACCCAAAACCUUGGUCGCGUUACCCUCGUACUAGUCGGAGAAAAGAGGGAAGGUGAGAGAGAGAGAUGUUAAGGCACAUUCUCAGAGCCGCACUGAGAAAGCCCCAAACAAAUCCUCCAUGGAAUCCAAAAUCCAACUCUCUUGUUCCUCCUAUUUCAUCAUCAUUCAAUCAUAAUCACUUCUGCUACUUCUCUUCCAACUCUCCGAAAUCCAACCUUGGCAAAGCUAAGAAAACUGACCAAAAAUCCAAGAAGAAAUCCACUGAUGAAAGCGCUGCCGACUUAUCCGCCGCCGGUGGCGAGGUUGAUGCCGCCGCCUUUGAUGGUAGGGCCUCUCGUGUCCGCCAGCUCGUGGAAGACGAGAAGGACCCUUCUCUCGAUGUGGGUCCUAAUGGGCGCCCCCUGUUCACUUCCACUUCCUCCCUCUCUCAGCUCACUCGCAAAGACACCUUCUCCUACGUUAAAUUCAGUGAGGAGGAAUGGAAUGAGGUCUUGCCUGAGGGGUUGCCAAUUGGGAUGGUAAAGGAGUUCGAGGAUUCAAUGCGGACAGCUCUGCUAGUUCGUGAGAGUUUUUUGGAUCUUCGUGACAAUUUUAGACGUAUCGUUCAUCCUUCUCUGCAUUCCUCUGAUGGUAAAGGUCCAAAAGUGAGAAAGCAAAUUGUAUUGGAUGGUCCAGUUAGCUGUGGGAAGAGUAUUGCACUUGCAAUGCUUGUACACUGGGCUCGUGAUGAGGGUUGGCUAGUGUUUUAUGUCCCUAGAGGACGGGAAUGGACUCAUGGUGGAUUUUUCUAUAAACACCCAGAUACUGGUCUUUGGGACACGCCUGUUCAGGCUCAAAAUAUUCUCAAGGAUUUUCUGAAAUACAAUGAUCGCCAUUUGAAGAAAUUACCAUGUCAUAUACUUGAUCCUGUUCCACUGGGAGAGGGCGCUGGCAUUGGAUGGAUGAAGGGAAUUGACUCCAUGGCAGUUCCUGAAGGUUCAACUUUGUUUGACUUAAUUCAAAUUGGAAUGAAGCACACACAUGCAGCUGUUGGAGUGGUAGUGCGUUUGAGGAAAGAGUUAUCACUUGUGAAAGAUAUGCCUGUGCUCAUUGCAAUUGAUCAAUAUAAUAACUGGUUUACAUUCAGCGAGUAUGAAGAACCCGUAACUAUUCGUUCUUGUCGACCAAUCCAUGCUAGGGAACUUGCAACGGUAAAUGCUUUCAGGUCCAUGAUGCACAAUGACAUGAUGGUGGGUGCUUUUUCUCAUUCCACAGCAGUUGGAAAACUGCGUCAAGACCUCCCAGAUGUUCCUGUAGAUGCUCGAGUCAAUUUGGCUCGCUAUGAUUUAAAUGAAGCAGCUGCAGUUUGUCAUUACUACCUUAGACAAAGAUUAGUACGUCGAGAAGCGUUUUCAGAGGAAAACUGGAAGAAGGUAUAUUACUUGUCUAAUGGAAAUGGAGCUGAAAUGAGGUGGUUAGCUCCUUUGAUGCAGUAACAUGUAAGAUACUGCUUUUGGCCAUAACAUAUUUGAAGAUCACAUUUUGGGAAAACUGUUUUUUCAUUUUUAUGUCCAUUGUCUUUUAGCACCUGACCUUCAUUCCUUGUUUUAGUUCUUAAUGCUCGAGCUGCAAAAAUCAGUUCUCGUUUUGGAUUCUUUUAUGAUGAAUCCAGUGGGGUUAGUGAUAGAAUCUGAAAUUUUUAUUAUCAUGUUGAGUUAAUCCAGAUUAUUCUUCUAGCCUCAGUAGGAGCAAAUACCAUUCGGUUUACAGUUGAAGUUUUUAACUGUUCA